AUGGCUGCCCCAAACAAGCAAGUGUUGAUCGCCAUUAUUGGCGCCGGAGGUGUGGGCAAAUGCUUCCUCUCCCAACUGUCAGCCCUGGCGACCCGGCGGCCAUCGCCCAAGCUCAGCCUCUGCUAUAUCUCUACGAGCAAGAAGGCCUUGUAUAAUGAUGACUACACGCCCAUAGCCCUCGAUGGCACCCUCGAAGCUCUCGCGGCAUCCUCUCGUUCGCCCCCGUCCCUCUCGCAGGUCGUCGACUACCUCGCCGCCGCCCCGCACAAGGUCGUGCUCGUCGACAACACCAGCUCCCAGGACGUUGCCGACCACUUCCCGACCUUCCUCCGCCGCGGCAUCAACGUCAUCACCCCCAACAAGAAGGCCUUCUCCGGCUCGUACGGCCUGUGGCAGGACAUUUUCGCCGCGGCUGCCGAGUCGGGCGCGUCAGUGUUCCACGAGUCGUCCGUGGGCGCCGGGCUCCCCGUCAUCUCCACGCUCCGCGAGCUGGUCGAGACGGGCGACCGCGUCACCAAGAUCGAGGGCGUCUUCAGCGGCACCAUGUCCUUCCUCUUCAACACCUUCGCCCCGACCUCCGGAGCCGGCGGCUCCUGGUCCGCCGAGGUCAAGAACGCCAAGGCCCUCGGGUACACCGAGCCCGACCCGCGUGACGACCUCAACGGCCUCGACGUCGCCCGCAAGCUCACCAUCCUGGCCCGCCUCGCCGGCCUGCCCGUCGAGUCGCCCACCUCGUUCCCCGUCCAGAGCCUGAUCCCCGAGGCGCUCGACUCGUGCACCUCCGGCGACGAGUUCCUCGAGAGGCUGCCGGCCUUCGACGCCGACAUGGAGCGGACGCGCGCCGACGCAGAGAAGGAGGGGAAGGUCGUCCGCUUCGUCGGCAGCUUCGACGUCGCCGCCAAACAGGUGAAGGUCGGCCUCGAGAAGUUCGACAAGUCCCACCCCAUCGCUGGUCUCAAGGGCAGCGACAACAUCAUCAGUUUCUACACAGAGCGCUAUGGGAGCAACCCUCUCAUCAUCCAGGGCGCCGGCGCCGGUGGUGAGGUGACUGCCAUGGGAGUCACUGGGGACCUGUUGAAGGUCCUUGCCCGUAUCGGCUGA